AGAUUCGUCCUGCCGCACUGCUACUCCGAAGAACGAAGAAGCUGCUCUCCACUCUUCUCUUCCAUUCUCGAGUGGAAAAAAAUUCCGGAAAUUUAAUCCUUGCAAUUUCCUGCAAAAAUUUUCCACCGAGAUCAAAUCGAAGAAGAAGAGAAAAAUGUCCGAAGACAGGAAUUCGGAUCAGUUGAGCAGCGAAGAGGAAGAGGAAGUUGAAAACGGCGCCGUCGGAGUUGACUCCGACGAGGAGGAGGAGGUGGAUGUACCGAGUGGUGACGAUGAGGACGAUGAAGAAUACGAUGACCAAGAGGAUGAUGAGGAUCUGUCAACAUCAAGGCUAGUUCGGCCAAUUCCUGAUGAAGAUGCAGACAAUUCUAGUGAUUUUGAACCUGAAGAGAAUUCCAAAGAUGAUGAAGACGAAGAUGAAGAAGAAGAAGAGGAUGAUGAUGAUGAAGGAGAUGUAGUGGUUCCACCGAAGGGGAAAAACUCUUCUGCGGGAAAGGUUAAUGGCCCACCAAAGAGGAAAAGGGAGUAUAUAUAUGUGGAAUAUAUUAAUGCUAAAAAUUGCAAGCCAAAAGAGAAAAAAAACUCCGUAUUAUAUUAUAUUAAAUCAAAAUGGAUGGCGUGGUUGUCCCUUACUACACUUACGAGCCAGCAAAUGACCCGUCAUUUUUGGAAGGGUUUUUUUAGGGGAAUUGUUCGCGCGAUUUGCUGGAUUUGGGGCUGUUUCUUCGUGCACUCGCGGCAAUUGGUCUGUUUGCAGGCUGAAUUGCCGCUUGUUGAGAGUCCCCUCCCUCCAUUAAUCUAUAAUCUACUGUCUGGCGAUCUUGAAUUUUCUGAUGAUGUAAUCCAGUUUCGGAAAGAGCUGGUUGAGUUAGAUAAGGAAGUUUCCGAAUAGAAGAAAGCGGCUAAGGAAUCUAUCUCCAAUUUCAGAACGUGUGUCGCUCAGUAUUUGGUGGUACUCAUUUUCAUCGCUUCAUCCGCUAUUACCCACACAUGUUCUGAAAUUGGAGAUAGAUUCCUUAGCCGCUUUCUUCCAUUCGUGAACUUCCUUAUCUAACUUAGCCAGCUCUUUCCGAAACUAGAUUACAUCGUCAGAAAAUUCGAGAUCGCUAGACAGUAGAUUAAUGAAGGGAGGAGACUCCCAACAAGCGGCAAUUCGGCCUGCAAACAGACCAAUUGCCGCGAGUCCACGAAGAAACAGGCCCCAGAUCCAGCAAAUCCCGCGAACAAUUCCUCGAAAAAAACCCUUCCAAAAAUGACGGGCCAUUUGCUGGCUCGUAAGUGUAGUAAGGGACAACCACGCCAUCCAUUUUUAUUUAAUAUAAUAUAAUACGGAGUAUUUUUUUUCUUUUGAUUGCAAUUUUUAGCAUUAAUAUAUUCCACAUAUAUAUGGCCCACCAAAAUUUAAAACGCUCAAGGUAAUAUGACAUUUAAAAUGCCUUUGAUUUUAAACGCGAUAGAUUCCUCUGCUUAUUGCACGCAUUUCACCUUGCAUCCGUCUGGAUGGAUGCGCAC